UUACCAACCACGCUGUUAUCGCCGGCUCGGUAUUUUUUAGCCCGUUUAUCCGAGUUUCGCCGGGUGUGUCCACACUAUUUUCUUUCUUUUCGUUUCCCGAAACGUGAACACACGCGGAUUUCGGUGGGCGGAUUUUGAAAAUCGAUAAAUAAGCCGGCAAGAUGACCAAGAAGCGCCGUAACGGAGGACGCAACAAGCACAACCGCGGCCAUGUGAAGCCCGUGCGUUGCACCAACUGCGCCCGCUGCGUGCCCAAGGACAAGGCUAUCAAGAAGUUCGUCAUCCGCAACAUCGUGGAGGCUGCUGCCGUGCGUGACAUCACGGAGGCCAGCAUCUGGGACUCGUACGUGCUGCCCAAGCUUUACGCGAAGCUCCACUACUGCGUGUCCUGCGCAAUCCACUCCAAGGUGGUGCGUAACCGAUCCCGCGAGGCCCGCCGCAUCCGCACGCCGCCACUGCGCUCCUUCCCCAAGGACAUGGCCCGCAACAACCAGAAUAGGAAGUAGAGGUCUCGUCCAGCCGGAGAGGAGCACUGGGUGCAGCCCCUGACAUCUCUAUAUGGAGUCUACCAGUCUAGCCGGAAUCCCGCUUCCGUACUGGGACCGCGGAAUCGCCAAGAUAAGCAGACGAAAUAUAUGCACCCAGUUCUUUUUUAAUUUCAAAUAAACAGCGUGCUUCAUUGGGAAACAGCUACAACCUACAAA